AUGGGUGCCUACAAGUACAUGCAAGAGCUAUGGAGGAAGAAGCAGUCGGAUGUUAUGCGAUUUCUCCUGCGUGUCCGCUGCUGGCAGUAUCGCCAACUGUCUUCUCUCCAUCGUGCACCACGUCCCACUCGCCCAGACAAAGCUCGUAGACUAGGCUACAAGGCCAAGCAAGGGUAUGUCAUCUACCGUGUCAGAGUUCGCCGUGGUGGACGUAAGCGCCCCGUGCCCAAGGGUGCAACCUAUGGUAAACCUGUGCACCAUGGUGUUAACCAGAUCAAGUUUGCUCGCAGCCUGCAGUCUGUUGCUGAGGAGCGUGCCGGCCGUCACUGUGGAGGACUGAGAGUUCUUGGCUCCUACUGGGUGGGCGAAGACUCCACUUAUAAGUUCUUUGAGAUCAUCCUCAUUGACCCUUUCCACAAGGCCAUCAGACGCAAUCCAGACACCCAAUGGAUCACAAAAGCUGUGCACAAACACAGGGAGAUGCGUGGGCUGACAUCCGCUGGCAAGAAGAGUCGUGGUCUUGGCAAAGGUCACAAGUUCCAUCUUACCAUUGGUGGCUCUCGUCGUGCUGCCUGGAGAAGACGCAACACUCUUCAGCUCCACCGUUAUCGCUAG